AUGUCAUUCGUUAUGAAGUCACCAUCGGCGGAGCAAAAGAGAGACCAAAAGAGCAAACCAAUAGCAAAAGAGCGGAGCUUCGAGUAUGUAUUGAAGAGUGGACUGGCGGGAGGUCUGGCAGGGUGUGCUGCAAAAACCGUUGUUGCACCGCUUGAUCGUAUAAAGAUUCUUUUCCAGACAUCAACUCCGGAGUAUACCAGAUAUACCGGUAGUUGGGCAGGCUUUUUGUCUGCUAUCUCAGUAAUCAGACGCUGCGAAGGCUGGAUGGGCCUGUUCAAAGGCCAUUCAGCUACACUUCUCCAGAAGUUUCCUUACUCUGCUAUCAAUUUCCUUGCAUACGAGCAGAUCAGAGCAACGAUAAUCCCGUCAAAAGACAAGGAAACACCGCUGCGCCGGCUAUUAUCCGGUAGCCUUGCAGGUUGUAUAUCAAUAUUUUUCACUUAUCCGCUAGAACUCGUUCGGGUUCGUCUUGCAAUUGAGACGACUGGCUCGCAGUGGUCUUCUUUAAGAGAAAUAUGUCGUCAGAUUCAUUAUGAGCCCGGGCACACCCGUGCUGGUUUAACAGCUACCGCAGUUGCGGCAGAUACCGGACCCGCCAGUCACACCAUAUCUCGCGCCUUCUAUACGAGUUUUCCGCAGUUCGGCUUAGCCAAUUUCUAUCGUGGCUUUAGCCCGACGCUACUCGGGAUGCUGCCUUAUGCAGGGAUGUCUUUUUUCAUCCAUGAUAUCGUGGGCGAUUGGCUUCGCCACCCGUCACUUGCACCGUACACAAUCAUCCCACAAUCAGCUGUGAAGUCGCGAGCAAACCGCCGGAGCUACACACUCUCAGAAAGACCCCAGCUUGUCCUUUCUGCUGAGCUACUGGCGGGUGCCCUCGCCGGGGUGAUUGCCCAAACAACCUCAUACCCCUUCGAGGUCAUCCGUCGUCGCAUGCAAGUAGGUAAUGUUAUGCACGGUGGCCAUAAUCUUGGGAUUGUUAGCACCUGUUAUAAAAUCUGGGCAGAGAAUGGAUUUCGAGGAUUCUGGGUCGGGUUAACUAUUGGGUAUAUUAAAGUUGUGCCGAUGGUUGCGACUAGUUUCUUGGUUUACGAGCGAUUGAAGUGGACCUUUGGGGUUUGA